CUUAGACAUGCCUCAAACAAGUGACUUACUUGGACUUCAUGUGACCGUUUUAAAAUUUUUCGGUGUUUGGCGAUCAGAAGACAAAAGGAAGGACCUUCUGUAUUCCUUCCGAGCAUUUUUCUUUCUCAUUUGCUUAGCUUCAUCCACAAUAGUUUCCAUGUUCAUUGCCAGUUUUCAUCAAGCUGAGUUCACGGAUUUGAUUAUAAGUCCUUUGUACACCGCGAAUACCACAUUGGUACUGCUCAAAGCCGUGAAUUUCUGCAUGAAAACCCAAGAAAUUGAACAUUUUUUUGGACAAAUCGACAAAGUACCAUUUUUCUCGGAAGCUGGACAAAAGGAUACCAAAAAAUCAACGGUUCGGAGAAUUAAGAUCCUGUCAAUGAUACACGGAUUUCUAUUCAUAUCUGUCGUUACGUCAAAAAUACUACCUACUGUCGUCCUUGGAAAAGUGACAACCGCUCGGUCGCUUCCUAAUUGGUAUCCUUUUGAAUGGGAAGGGAAGCUUGGAAUAUGCUUACUCCUUCUUUUAUUCGAAUAUUCCGCUGCAUCCACUUUGAUCACUUUGGCUAUAGUCGAGGAUAUAUUCCUGACGAGUGUCCUUUUGAUUAUUGGUGGACAACUCGAAUCUCUUGGGUAUCGGUUGAGGAAUUUACCAUCAAAGGAUACCAAAAUGUGGCAGAUUAAGUUCAAGGAAUGUGUUCAAGAUUAUAAUUGUAUAUUCAAAGUAAACAAGGAGUUCGAGAGGAUAUUCUCAGGAAUUAUAUUCAUUCAAGCGUUGCUGAGUUGCUUUUUAAUUUGUCUGAGUGCGUUCGCACUGGGGUUGGCAAACGAUAUUGGAACAUUCAUACUUUUCUUUUCCUUCAUAUUUGGUAUGCUCUAUGAGGUAUUCGUAAUGUGUUAUGCCGGAGAUUACAUUACAGAAAAGUCGGAAGAACUACUCUUCAAUUUAUAUUCAUCGUCUUGGCCAGAUAUCCUCCGAGAUUGCCGAAAGAUGAUGUUAAUAUUUUGUGUAAAACUAAAUAAUCCAAUCAUCGUGAAGUUCGGGAUCAUACAGGAUCUACAUCUACGAACUUUUACAAAAAUCGUUGAUGCUGCUUAUAAGCUCUAUGCUUUGCUGCAACAAGUUCCCGAAUGAAGGAAGCUAAUCAAAUGGUCCAAUAACCAACAACAAUGGCCGAUUUAGUUUCGCACCAAUUUUAAUGUUAUACCAUGUUUUACACUAUUUUGCCAGCUGUAGUUGGGGAAAUACUCAAUAUACCUACUGACAUUUUGA